AUGGAUGAGAAGGCUCAACUCCCGCCCUACAGUUCGCUGCCAGCGCCUGUUGGACAACAGCAACAGCGCAGCAGACGAACGUUACGUCGCUCACGCGCCAUCAGACUAUUUGCUCUAGCAUGUCUUGCCUUCAUCGUCUUUGCUCAAUGGCGACAAAUUUCACCAAGAGAGAAAACUACACUUUCAGUGCAGAAGCUAAAUGAGAAUCUUGAAACUUGCAAGAAGUUUCGUGUCAAGCCUGAAGAUCCUGCUGGUCUUGGACGUGAUAAGAAUGCUCGUUAUAUCGAUGGUGGAAAACCGACUUUGAUUAAGAACGCUACUGUUUGGAUUGGAGAGCCUGCUAAGGGGACGAGCGAGGAGGAUGCACGUGCUGGAAAAGGUUGGGCGUGGGUGCAGAGCGAUGUCUAUCUCGAGAAAGGUCUUAUCCAGCGCGUUGAGAAGGACAUUAAGACUUCUUCGCUGCCUGACGACACCAUCGUCUACGAAGCCCAUGGUCGUCGCUUGACAAGUGGUAUCGUCGAUACUCACAGCCAUGCUGGCGUUUACCCUUUGCCUUCUCUCGAAGGUAACUCGGAUGGAAACGAGAUGUCAGAUAACAUUACACCCUGGGCCCGCGCCAUUGACUCUCUCCUUCCCUUGGAUCCUCAAAUCGAAGUCAUCAAAUCUGGUGGCGUAACAACAUCUCUCAUCCUCCCUGGCUCAGGCAACAACAUCGGCGGAGAAGCCUACCUGAUCAAACACGCCGUUGGCAAAGCUGAUGGCCGACAAGAAAUCAGCGCCCAAGACUUACUAGCUGAUCCUGACCGCAACUGGCGUUACAUGAAGAUGGCGUGUGGCGAAAACGCAAAGAGAGUUCACGGUGGUGUUGGAAAAAGACCCUUCAGCCGCAUGGGCGAAAGCUAUGAGUUCAGACACGCUUUUGAGCGAGCACGAGAUUUAAUUCAGAAGCAAGAUGAUUGGUGUGCCAAGGCCGAAAGUCUGGGUGUUGAGAAGAUGGAUGAGUAUCUUCCUGGUGAGAUCUUCUGGGAGAGCUUGACCGCAGCGAUGAGGGGCCAGGUUCACAUCAACACGCAUUGUUAUACUAUUCCUGACCUCGAGGCAAUGGUCGAUCAUACGAAUGAGUUUAAGUUCCCUGUUCGAGCUUUCCAUCAUGCUCAUCAGACAUAUCUUGUCCCAGAGAUUCUGAAGAGGACCUGGGGCGGACGGGCUCCUGCUUCAGCUCUCUUUGCUGACAACAUGUUCUACAAGACUGAAGCAUACAUUGGAUCUGAGUAUGCUGGCAAGAUUCUUAAUGAGAAUAAUCUCACGGUCGUUUACGUCAGCGACAACCCCGUCAUCAACGCGCAGCACGUCCUUUUCGAAGCAGCGAAGGGACAUCACUAUGGUCUUCCCUACCACGUUGCGAUGGCCAGUGUCACUUCUGCACCCGCUGAGUUGCUCGGUAUGGGCAAGCGACUAGGAAAGGUCAAGCCUGGUUUUGAUGCCGAUGUUGUUGUCUGGGACAGCGAUCCUCUUAGUGUCGGCGCAACUCCUGUGCAAGUCUGGAUUGACGGUAUAUCCCAAUUUGAAAGCCCUGUCGAGCUGUCGAAGCAGGAGAAGGCGAUUGCAUCUGUCAAGAAGGUUGCUGAGAUUGUUGAGGAACCAAGCAAGCUCGACAACGUUCUCUUCACCGGUGUCAUCAAGGUGCUUCUCGAAGAUGACAAGACCUACGAAUCUCUGGAACAGCCGGUCAAUGUGGUCGUUUCUAAAGGCAAGAUCACUUGCGUCGGUAACUGUGACUCCGAGUUUGAUGCUGCAGCUGGAACCGGCGCAAAGACCAUCGCUCUAAAGAACGGUUACUUGACACGAGCUUUCACAGCUGUCGGUGGUACCUUGGGUCUUAGCGAGAUUGAUGCCGAGAGCGUGACCAAUAAUGGACCUAACCCAUUGAUCUUCUCCCGAGCCAUUGACGGACUUGCACUUGACUCCAAGAAACUGCAUGUUGCAGCUCGCUAUGGUGUUACUAGAGCUAUCUCAGCACCCGUCUUUGUGGGCGGCGCAACUCACUUCGGCACCAGCGUUGGCUUCUCUACUUCGGCAUUAACUAGCAUCGAAGAAGGGGCUGUUUUUGCUCCUGAUCUGGCAGUUCAUUACACUCUUGAUGUCAACGUUAGGGGCUCAACUAGUUACUCUGCGGCUUUUGGUGGUCUGAGGAAUAGGUUACUCACAGCUGCUACGUCUACGAACCCUACUGCCAAUCCAUUUUCUGAAGAAGCAUUCCUUAAGAAAGUUGUUACCGGUGAGCGAGCCCUAGCUCUCACCAUCAACAGCGCAGAUGGAAUCGCAACAGCUCUUCGAAUCAAGUCCGAGAUCGAGGGUUUGCUCGAAACUUCCAACGUAGCCCAGCGUCUCAAGAUGGCUAUCAUUGGUGGCGCAGAAUCCCACAUGGUCGCCAAAGAACUUGGACAAGCCGGCGUCGGCGUCAUCCUCUCACCUCUCCAAUCCAUUGGCGAUAGCUGGGACUCACGCCGUGUACUUACUGGUGCACCACUUACGAACGGUACUGUCAUUGAUGCGCUGCUUGAUGCUAAUGUGACGGUGGGUAUUGGACUGCACGAGGACUGGGAGCUGCGCGACCUUGGGUUUGCAGCUGGAACAGCUUACAAGAACGCCGGUGGACGGUUGGGCGAGAAACAGGCGGUUGAUCUCGUUAGUAGCAAUAUUUACAAAAUCCUCGGAGCGGAUGAGAAGGAUAUGGGACAUUUUAUGGUUACAGAGGGAAGUCCUCUUGAGAUUGGAUCGAGGCUAAAGGCUGUUGGUCAUGGAAGGGACCAAAUAUCUGUGUUUAUUUAG